UAUCGAAAAUACUGGUUCGAUUGAACCCGUAGCUAAUAUUCUACAUCGCCUUGCACCAUCAUUUGUGGAAUAAAGUGAAGAGAGAGAACACGUCCACCAUUCUCAUAUAUAAGAGUUCUCCCCUAUCAACAACAAGCAAAAACAACAAUGGCAAGAGGCAACCAAAAGCCUCAUGCAAUAGUAAUUCCAUGCCCAUUUCAAGGCCACAUAAAUCCUAGUAUUCACCUUUCACUAAAACUUGCAACAAAAGGCUUUGCCGUAACAUUUGUCAACACCGAGUACACUCAUGCCCAAAUAACCAAAUCACAACAAUUAGACCAAAACUCCACAAUUCAUGACAUAUUUGAAAAAUUUCAAGAAUCUGGCCUUGACAUACAUUAUCAAACAGUUAGUGAUGGCUUUCCCUUAGAAUUUGAUCGAUUUUCGGGGUCGAAUCAAGAUGAUUUUUUGGAAAGAUUUUUACUAAAUUACCCUGUUCAUGUUGACGAAGUUGUUGGGAAGUUAGUAGAAUUGGAAAAUCCUAGGCCAACAUGUUUGGUUGUUGAUACUUUCUUGGCUUGGGGGACAAAAAUUGCUAACAAAUAUGAACUCGUUAGUGUUUCAUUCUUCACUCAAUCUGCUUUGAUGUUUACUAUAGACUAUCAUCUUGACCUUCUGCUGAAAAAUGGUCAUUUUGGUUCAAAUGAUGACCGCAAGGAUACUAUAGAUUAUAUACCAGGAAUUUCAGCAAUUGAGCCAAGUGACUUACCUUCAUACUUCAAAACAAAAGAGACAUCCACUAUCCUUCAUCAAACUAUCUACAAAGGUCUUGAAGAUGCCAAGAAAUCAGACAUUGUAAUUUGUAACACAGUACAAGAACUUGAAUCCAAAGUAAUUUUAACACUCCUAGAAAAAAUUAAAAAACCUUUUUAUGCUAUUGGUCCAGUUUUAUCAACUAGUGUCACAUUUUCCAAAAGUUUGUGGCCAGAGUCAAACUGUGUGGAAUGGCUAAACACUAAGCCCAAAUCCUCAGUGUUGUACUUCUCACUUGGUAGCUUAUUUAGUCUAAGUAAAGAAGAUGUUAUGGAAUUUGCUCAAGGCUUAAUGCUUAGCAAAGUGAGUUUUAUUUGGGUACUUAGGCCUAAUUUGGCGGUUACGGAUGAAACAAACUUUUUGCCAGUUGGAUUCCAAGAAAACGUAGAUCGAGGGUUGGUUGUACCGUGGUGCGAUCAACGGGUAGUACUUUCACAUCCGGCUAUUGGAGGAUUUCUGACGCACUGUGGAUGGAAUUCGAUUCUGGAGAGUUUAUGGGCAAGUGUUCCAAUGAUAUGUCAUCCUAUAGCUGUUGAUCAAACAACUAAUAGAAAAUUGGUGGUUGAUGAGUGGAAAGUUGGGAUAAAUCUUUGUGAUAAUUAUAAUAAAUCAAUCACAAAGGAGGAAGUAGCAAAAAAGAUUAAUUUUCUUAUGAGUGAAGAAAAUUCAAAGGGGUUGAGGGAGGCUGUCAAGGAAGUGACAAAGACUAUGGAAAUUGCAUUAUUAGCCAAUGGAAGUUCAGAGAAAUUUCUUGACUUGUUUGUUGAAGAUGUAAUGGCCAAAACAAAAAUAGCACCUUUUAAGUAAUGAAUUACAUUACAUGGCUAUUUUUGUUAGAUAGCCUUGAAUGUCACAAUUGUUUUUGGGUUCUUCUCUUUUUGACCACGAUAUAGUGGAAAUGAAAAUUGUACUCAAAUUUCAUCUUA